AUGCAGAGUACCUCCACCAGCCGUAGUGCGGUGACAAAUAGCGGGAAACCAAGGCCAAUGGUGAAACCGGGCCAAGCUCUCGCAAAAACGAAGGAAAGUGGCGGUGGGGCUGCUCAAAGGAGUCCACCCCGGGAAACUCCUGGCACCAGUGGACGCCAACCUGGCAUGCAGAUUGCAGCCGGGGAUAAGGCUGAAUCUGGGGCGCAGGCCCCGGGCGGUCCUCCCGCGACACCCACGGCCUUCACGAGGCCUGACCAGAGGCCAGAACCAGCUGCAGCGGGCUAUCGGCAGAGGAAGCUGGCUGCUCGAAUCCUGCAAAGGUUCACCGCAACGCCUGACCUGUGUAGCAAGGCGAAAGAAGAGCAUGUGAAGGAGAUCCUCACAGAAAUCGACUGGGCAAAGGUAGUCCUGCCCGACUACCGCAAGCCGGAGGAGAAGCAGCCGCAGGCGCCCUCCAGUAAGCGCAAUAGAUCGGGGGAAAAUACGCCCAACCAAUACGCAAAGAGGGUCAGAACGCAGGGGCCUUCUUUUGCUGAAGUAGCCAAGGAGCAGAUCCUGCUCGGCGUCAUCGAUGAGAGCAAUGAAGACAGCCUCACCCUGAGGCAGCAAUGGAAGUGGGUUAAGGCCGCGAUGGCCGACAUUGCUAUCAACAUUAUGUUGGAGAAUCCGGGACCUCCGCCAACCUGCAAGGGAGCGGGGUGGUUCCAAAAUAACAUCCGCGUUAUAGCAUGCGAGGAUGCUAGAUCAGCGGAGAUCUACAAGAAAACAGUCGCAGGUAUUGGAGAAGUCUACCCUGGUGCGAAGCUCAGGGCGGUCGACUUCAAGGACCUACCGGUGCGACCGAGAGCGAGAGCAUGGUUGCCUUGCAGGCCAGCGGAGCCAGAAAGGAUCCUCCAAACCAUAAGGCUCUAUAACCCGGAGCUACCCACCGAUAAUUGGAAGGUGGUCAAAAUCAACGAAAGCGGUAAAGCGACGAUGCAGGUCGUCCUGCUUCUAAAUAAGGACUCCAUAGAGUUGUUGGAGCAAAAGAGCGGGGUCAUACGUUACGGCUGUGACAUGGCCAAAAUUAAGGUCUACAGCAACGACGUAAACGCAGCGAAGAACCUGAUCGCGGAGGCAGAGCCGGAAGAGGCCAACAGCGACGUGGAGAUGGAGGAAGAAUCCGAGCAGGUUGAUCCGACCGGGGGUUAUGCCUCAUCGACGUCUUCGCUGGGGGUCGGACUCAUGCUUCGGCUUUAUACGGAGGAGGAGUUGAUCGAGAUGUCGGAAGACGCGGUCAACUCCACCCUAAUAGGCGACGUGGGCGAUAACGGCCAAGAUGGUGAAGGUACUGCAGAUUAACCUUCACCACUGUAAAGCAGCUUCAGCUGCACUGCUGCUCCAUCUAACAGCUAAAGGGGCAGCCGACAUCGUCCUAAUCCAAGAACCUUGGGUGGUGGGACAAAACAUUUGUGGGCUGAAAGCGCCGGGCUACAGACUGCGACGAGGGCACAACAGCGGUCAGUCUAAGUGCAAACGGACGACCAAUUAAGAUGGCAUCCAUGUACCUAGCGCAUGACAAGGAGGCGCCAACUACCUGCAUUAAAGACCUAGUGGCCAGCACGAGAGAGGCGCUAAUUUUGGGAGGUGACGCGAAUGCCCACCAUCACACCUGGGGCAGCUCCGAUGAUAACGAGC